AUGAGUGCAAGCAAUGAAGAACCUGAAACAAUCUCACUUUAUGAUAUGGUGGAUGAUGAGUCAGAAAUAAACGAAGAUCAAAAUGAUGUAGACUUGUCAUUAAAUGAUUCAAAUCAACCUUUUGCAUGCAAUAGGCAUUUGGAACCAUGUCUCAAUAUGGUAUUUGAUAAGCUUGAGGAUGCGAAAGUAUGUUAUAAUGCAUAUGCAAGGCGAAAGGGGUUUGGCAUACGAGUAAAUCAUACUCGAAAGACUAAAAAUGAUAGAAUAUUGGUUGGUAUUGAAUAUGUUUGUUCAAAGGAAGGGUUUCGUCGUAGACGUGAUGAAGACAUAGAAAGAAUAGGUCCAGAGCGUGCAGAAACAAGAGUAGGAUGCAAAGCAAUGAUAGGUUUAAAGAAAAUUGAAGAUACAUGGGUUGUGUGUAAGUUUGUGGAGGAUCAUAAUCAUGAGCUUCUUACUCCUAAGAGUACAAGCAUGCUUCGUGGGCAUAGAGUGAUAACAAAUGCCCAAAGAAAUCUUAUAGAUACACUCAAUGAGACAGAUAUACCUCCAAGCAAGAUAAUGUCUGUGUUAAGUAAAGAAUCUGGUGGUGAUUAUAAUGUUGGAUGUAUUCCGGUUGAUAUUCAAAAUUAUUUGGGUAAUAAAAGAAGAAAGUUGCUUCAAGAUGGAGAUGCCCAGGGAAUGUAUAAAUAUUUUAUUGAGCAACAAUGUAAAAAUCCAGGUUUUGUUUAUGCAGUUGAAGUUGAUGAAAAUGGGUGCAUGGGUAAUUGCUUUUGGGCAGAUGCUAGGUCAAGAAUUGCAUACCAAUAUUUUGGAGAUGUUGUUACUUUUGAUGCUACAUACCAAACAAAUACUUAUAAGAUGCCUUUUGUUCAUUUCACAAGAGUUAACCACCAUCAUCAAUCGGUGAUGUUUGGAUGUGCUUUGCUUGUGAAUGAAACAACUGAAUCUUAUACAUGGUUGUUGAAGACUUGGCUUAAUGCAAUGCUUGGAAAUCCUCCUUCUACAAUUAUCACAGAUGAUGACAAGGCUAUGGCUAAGGCAAUUGCAAAUGGAGAAUUUCACCAUUGCAUCCAUGAUACACUCACCAUUGAAGAGUUUGAGUUAGGAUGGAGUAAGAUUAUGGAGAACUAUGGAUUGGGGGAUAACGAUUGGUUGGGAAAUCUCUACAUGCGGCGUGAAAAAUGGGUUCCCGCUUACUUACGAAGGAAAUUUUGUGCUGGGAUGUCUACAACUCAAAGGAGUGAAAGCAUGAAUAAAUUUUUUAAAGAUUAUGUUCGUUCAAGUACAACGAUAAGUGACUUUGUGUAUCAAUAUGAGCAAGCUUUGAAUGCACGUUAUCUUAAAGAGAAAGAACAGGAUGUAAAGACAAAAAAUUCAGUGCCAAUUUUGAAAACAUGUUAUAAGAUAGAAGUAGAGGCGGCAAAAGUUUAUACAAGAAAGAUGUUUAUGAAAUUUCAAGAAGAGUUAUUUUGUAGUCAAAAAUACAAGGCAUCCAAAUAUUGUGAAGAAGGAGUGAAGAAGAUAUAUAAGGUGGUAGCUCAUGGGAAAGAAAGUCCAUUUUAUGAAGUGUCACUGGAUACUGUUGAGACAAAAGCUAUUUGUACAUGCCAUAUGUUUGAGUUUGUUGGAAUUAUUUGUAGGCAUAUUCUUGCUGUUUUUGUGAAGAAAUCUCUUGUGCACUUUUUUUCAUCACAUUAUAUUUUAGAGAGAUGGACAAUAAAUGCCAAGAAGCGCAUUGUACAUGAAAUAUCUGGAGAUGUCGUACAGGUUGAGCCACAAAUUUCUUCUACCUUGAUGAGAAAUAGUUUGAUGCUUCAAUUUUUGGAAGUUGCAGAGGCAGCAUCACAGUCAGAGAAGAAAUACAAGCAUCUUGGACAAACUUUACAAAAGGUUCAUGAGGAGCUUCUAGGCAUGCAAGAUGUUUGUGAUGUUGAUGAUUCAGGAAGUCCUGAUAAUACUACAUUAAACAAUCAAGUAUUAUCAAAUCUUCCAAUUGCUUUGCGAGACCCUCCACAUGUUCCUUCAAAGGGAGGGCCUAAAGCUUUGAGACAAAAGCAUCCAAGAGAAAAACAAUUGACGAAGAAGAGAAAGUGUAGCAUUUGCAAAGAAACGGGUCAUAUGAGAAGCAAUUGUCCGUCACAUAAGCAUUCCAGGGAAGUUGCAAAUACAAGCUUGACACCACACUGGGAGUUAAUGCAUCAACAAAGUCAAACUGAGGAAUCUUCGAUAGCAAGGUUGAACCCAUCAGUCAUAGCAAAUACAUUGCACUCCACAAGUUUUGUACAGGAUUUUUUGCCAGCUGCAACGUAUCCUUCUACAUCAUCAUCAUCUACUAUGCAUAUACAUCCUAACCGGUCAUCAUUUACGGAUCUAUUACAACAAUUCCAAGAAAGCUGA